AUGUUGAACAUGAAUGAUAUCAUCAAUGGAGAUCCAGAUGAUCCUUCAACUCAGUUUGAAGGAGUUGGAGAUGGCCCACCUACCCCCCCCGAUGAAGAUGACCAACACUCUCCUGAUCACAUGGAAGAAACCGUUCAAACCGAACUCUUUGGGUCUUUGUCUACCGCGGAUGUCAACAUGACCGAUCAAUCGUCUACCCCUCAUCCUCUUGAUAACAACAUCGAUCGAGUUUGCUCUCACUUCCAGUCACAGCUAAACCUCGAACCCGAGUAUUUGAAGAUUGCUUCCAUUGCGAGCAAGUGCCCCCCAGAAGACCGGUAUAUAGGUAAUCUCUUUGCAAACGGUGCAUAUCAUCAACUCGAUGUCAGGAACAUAAAUCGCUCCCAAGUGACCCAUGCGUAUGACGAAUGCUUCAGAUCAUUUGUUAGAACCAACGCUCGCAUGUUCUUACUUAAGCCAACACUCGAAGCCUAUUCAAACAAUCCUCACAACAACGGGAGCCUUCCCAAAACGUUGUUCUACCUUACUCUUGAUGUGGUUGAAAAACAGCCUGACCAAUGGAAAAAGGAUCACCUCUGCCCUGCCCAACUAAAGAACGAUCCAGAUGCUCUUCGUCUGUAUCGUGAUGCUGUUGGAGAGCUACUGAAGUAUCAACGCAGCAAUUUGCGUACUCUGCUUUUGCAUAACAUCCUCAAGACAAAAAAGAUACAUGUGGAUGGUGCAGUACCAGCUCGCAAAGUGAUGAUAGCUGCUAUCUAUAAAGAACUUCCUCCAAAAGGAAGCAAAAUGAAUCAAACAGAAAUCGACCAUCAAGUUGCCACAAACUCUGCCAUGCGAGCACGAAUGUGCUACGCACGACUUGUAAUGGUCCACUACUAUGCUCAUAAAUCCAAUAAGGAUUCGCAGUGGGCUGAAAUCGAUGAGCGAUUAGCCGUCCUCCGAGGCUCCUCAUAUGAUUUCCAACUGCACCAUGCAGUCCUAGUCUUGAACAAGGACUUUUCUCUCUUCUCUCAAGGGAAGGAGUACACUGAUAUAUCCAAGGAGGACUUCACCGUGCCCGACCUUGAGGAUGUCCAAAGGUCGAUCGAAUCUGGGAUUGUGCCUGUUACACUUAGAUAG